AGAUAACCACCAUAUCCCUUUGACAUUUCUAUUCGAUCAGUAACAAAUUCAUAGAACAAACCACACCCUUCAAGGCUUCAACCAAUUCCUAACCCCAUAACCCCAAAACAGAACACAACCAGAAACCUAAAUCCUUGAAUUCUGAUACGAUUUCCAUUUCAGAGUUUUCUUAUAGCAACAUCCAUAUUUGUUCUUCGGUUUAGGGUUACAUAUACAAUGAUGGCGAAGCUCGAGACCGACCAGCUCAAACAGCUCAAAGACAUCUUCAUGAGGUUUGACAUGGACUCCGACGGCAGCCUAACCCACCUGGAGCUCGCCGCGCUGCUCCGGUCCCUCGGCGUCAAGCUCCACGUUCUGCUCAACAACAUGGACGCCAAUGGAAACGGCGCCGUGGAGUUCGAGGAGUUGGUGAACGCCAUCAUGCCGAACAUGAACGACGAGAUUCUGGUCAACCAAGAGCAACUCAUGGAGGUCUUCCGGUCGUUCGACCGCGACGGUAACGGCUACAUAACGGCGGCUGAGCUAGCGGGGUCGAUGGCCAAGAUGGGGCACCCCUUGACGUACCGGGAGUUGUCUGAUAUGAUGAGGGAGGCAGACACCAACGGUGACGGCGUUAUUAGCUUCAACGAGUUUGCCACCAUCAUGUCUCGAUCCGCCGCUAACUUUCUCGGUAUCUGAUGACAGUGUCCGGCGGGGAGGAGGGGCCGCCACCGUAGGGGUGUUUUCGUCAUUUAUGGGAUGAUCUGACUCUUUCAAGCUGACUUUUGUUAGUUGGAAUGUUCUUCUUCUUUGUUAUCUUUGUUCUUCUUAUGUGUGCAUGUUUCGAUAUUUAGAAUUUCAAGUGUACAUUAUUUGAAGAAGAUGAGAAGGUCUGUGCAAUUGUGCAUGAAUGAUGAAUUGGAGACAUGCACCUAUUGCCUUCUAGUUCAUUAAGAUCAGAAGAUAAUUACCAAUUAAUUAUCAAUAGAAACUUGUAAAUUUUGCAUCAGAAAUUGUUGUGUUAUUAUUGCAUUUUGUUC